CGAGCAUCGCACCGCAUGAAGGCCAAUCCAAACUUCUCUUGGCACGCAGGUAUAUAGACACACUGCGGUGUUUGAGGGGUGGUUUUGCUUAACGGUCAUUCCUGUCGGAUUUUCUAUCAGAAUCAGCGGACAGUGCACGCAAGGAUACAAGAUGAGGAUUUUCAUCGCACUUGUACUGGUGAUGUGCGUCACCUGGCGGGUGACUGAGGGAUAUACAUACUUCGCGCAACUCCAGAGCGAGGACAGGCUGUACGGCCCCGAGGGUAACGUCCGAGUGGUCAGCACCCAGUACUGUGAGUGGGAGGGGAAGAAGAUGAUGAUCGGCAGUAGCUGGAAGACUACAGGGUGUGAGCAGUGCUCCUGUAGCGAGGCUGGGCUUUUCUGUGCCGGCUCGGGUCGCUACCUGGUCCCUGACCAUUGCCUGCUGCUGGUGGAUGAGACGUGCCAGACGGAGCUGGUGGACGCGAACGACCCCUUCUCUCCCUGCGGCAUGCCGCAAGUCUUCCACGGGAAGUGAGCUGCAGUACCCACAAGAACCUAUUGGUUCAUGGAAACUUCAUUUGCUUUUUGUAAGGUCCUUACUUAGAAGUAACAGCCCCUGUUUUCUUUACUAAUAUAUCUAGUGGAGUUAUAGUAAUAAACACGUAUUCAUCAAGCUUC